CGGAAGUGAUCGUGUCGGAGGGGUAAAGAGAGCCGUUACCCUGAAUAACGAUUAGAUAUACCCCGAAUCCUCGAUUUAAAGUUCUAGAACGGGGUCGUUGUAGGGGGCAGCGAUAUUCAGGUAUUGCAACGAAAACAAUUGACGCAGACGUAAGCCAUACUCGUCAGAAUGAAUACAUUCUGUCGUAAAACCCGUCCCUAGUGUUUACAGUCUUUCUUUAUGGAACUAAUCGUUGUUGUGAUUUCAAAUCAGUGCAACUAUUUCUAAAACUUCGAUAGUGAUUGUUUGAUUCUUCAAUCGAUUCACUCGAGUUCGACUGGAACGUAUAAUAAAAAUCUAGUUCACAUAAAGAUACUUCAUUGUAUUCCUGAGUGGGUUACUUCAAACUAUAAUCUCUUGUUACGAAAAUGGCGAAUUGUCCGAAUCGCCGAUAUUCGUACGAAAAUUCAUUACAUUUUUACAUGGAUUACACGAAGUGAACUUCUCUCCAACUCUGAUGCGGAAGAACUUUAUUGGGGCCAAGUAAGACGAAUAAAUUUCGAAUAGUCAGAAAGAUGGAUGCAACAAUUGAAAGGGAGUGCAGUGCUUUGGGUGGCCUUUUUCAACAGAUUAUAACUGACAUGAAGAAUGGGGCUCCAUUAUGGGAGGAUUUAAUUUCAAAAGCAACAAAACUACAUUCAUGCUUAAGGGCUGCUAUUUUGGCUGUGUCUGCAUAUCUUGAAACAUUUCAAAAAAUUGCUGAUGCUGCAACUAAUGCAAGAGGUGCCACAAAAGAAAUUGGUACUGCUUUGACACGGAUAUGCCUUAGGCAUAAAGCAGUAGAAACACGUAUGAAAUCAUUUACCAGUGCUAUAAUGGAUUGCUUGGUAUUACCUCUUCAAGAGAAAUUAGAAGAUUGGAAAAAAUCUUUAAUAAACUUAGAUAAGGAACAUGCCAAAGAAUACAAAAAAGCGAAAGCAGAGUUAAGAAAACGAUCUACUGAUACGUUACGUUUGCAAAAGAAAAAAGCGCGUAAAAGUCAACAUUUACAAGGACAGACUCAGUGUCAUGGUCCAUUAUCAGGGGACAUUGAAUUAAAUCGAAUGUUAGAAUCUUCCGCUGCUGUGGUUCAAGAAAAACGAUUAAGCUUAGAAGAAACUGAAAGAAGAGCUGUUCGAGCAGCUCUACUCGAAGAAAGAGGCCGAUAUUGUCUUCUUGCUAGAUUUUUAAAACCUGUACUUGAUGAAGAAAUUGCAAUGUUAAUGGAACUCACACAUCUUCAAGAAGUUUCUGAUCAAUUACAACGACACGCAGCCUCUCCGCAUCAUUUGCCACCCGCAUCAGAGCAAGUGAUAACAGAUAUAAAAGGUUGCGAUGUUACACAAUGGUCGCUUGCUACGCCUCCUUCAAGUCCUUCUCUAUCUCUUGGAUCACGGAAAAGUUCAAUGUGUUCAAUCAGUUCUUUAACAAGUAGCAGCAGUGGGUCUUGCAAAAGUCAUCCAAGCCCAUCUGGACAUCCUUGGCAUAGAUCACUUUCUCAGCCUGCCGGUGUCAGGCCCUCCAGCAUCAGUGGUAUGAUGACGCUCCGCCACUUGGCAAACGGUAGUUCCCGUGACUCUGGCUUCACUUCUCAGGACACACUGUAUACACAACCAAUUUCUGAACAUCAGGUAUCAAAUGUGUCUUCUCAAACUAAUAAAAAUACUGGUUGUACUACAACAAGACCUGUAACUACUGCUACUUGGCCUGACUUGCAGGAAACGUCAGUUCAGUAUGAUAGGCAAAAUCAGAACACAGUCAACGAACGACCCCAUACUAUUUCUUCUGCUUAUGAAAAAGGCCAUCAAAGACCAGCACUCAGUGUCUACACAUUCCAAGCUCCGGAUGUUAGUGGCUGUUGUCAUAGUCAACCUGCUUCUCCAGUUUCUUCUUCCUCUUCAUGUUCUUCCUCUAAUCAAGCAUCUAGAGUACAACUGCGUAGGAAUAAUGGUAGUAAUCGUCCUCCUAUACCGAACAGAUGUUCCAGUUUAGAACGACCUACGGUUCCAAUGAAGAAUGAACCCCCCGGAAGUCCUCGAGGCAAACCUAAAUUACCAUUGCCAGCACACUUAGCAAAAGAAUUAGCAACCCAUCAACUUCAACAGCCAAUGUAUGUGAACAUGCACGAAUUGGCAAAUUUAGCCGCAAGCCGCGCUCAAGAAAUGCAGUUACCGUUACCACCACCUCCUGCAUCGCUAUCAACACCAGGAACUGAGAAGACUGAAGUUACGGAAAAAGAUGGCGGAAGUCAAACAUCAGAAUCCAGCGUUGAAUCUAGUAGUGGGUAUGGAAGUCAAACCACUAUACCCCAUUCACAUUCGCUUCAAAAUCAAAAUGAGAAUAAUUGGAAUGUACCUGGUGCUGCAUCUACUUUGAUGAUUCGAAGAGGAUCGAUGCAGCAAGCGAUCAAACCUCCUCCGCCAACAAGACGUACAUCUACUAUUAUAACUGCCACAUUUAAUAAUCCUUCAUCAACUUCUAACGAUGAACGUACUGAUAAUACUUGCGACGAGGUUGAAAAUCUUCCUCCGCCACCAGCAUUUUUAUUAGAAGGUUCUUCGCCAACGGCCAGCCCUACUCCUCAACGAUCUAUCUCGGUCUCAGAAACAGUAAGGACUCUCACAGAACUGCGUCAUACUCCUGCUAGCCCUUCUCUUUUACGGAAAGCUACAGGACAGACACAGUCGCAUAACAAUACAUCUACUACGUUACAACACAAUGCUGUAUUACAAGUUACUCGAACGAAUGUUGAACGUUCAUGUGCGGCCAUUCGUUCAGCUUCUCAAGAGCGUGGUUCGAAUACCACCACGCAAGUGACUGGAAUCAGCACGAGUGUUAACAUUCAAGGGCAAGGUCCGGGUGGGGUAGGUCAAAGCUUUAUGGCUGUUCUCAGUGCUAAGCUUAUUAAUAGCACGGGUAAUAAUAAUACCACAACUGGUAACAACACGAGUAACAGUCCUAAAUCAGCAAGGAAACACUCUGUCGAACAACAGAUAAGUAAUAAAAAUACCAAAACACCGUCUGGUUUUCUUGAAACUUUAAAUGCUAAAUUAGCGCAACAACAGCAAACUUUACAAGAAUUGUUAAAAUGUGUGCAUUUACUAUUGUUCGAGUAUUUGCUAUGAAGAGUAUUGGGUCAACAUUUCGUCCCAGUAUUUGCGUUCUGCCUGGGCAAUGCUGUUCCAGUAUCGGUAAAUAUUAAAGUAAACGUGUAUGUGUGUCUCAGAGCGGCGAAAAAUGGAUGGUACGAUGGUUUUUCUUUUACUUUGGCAAACAUUAUACACCUUCAGCGCAUUGAAUAACAAACUUAUACUGAUAAGUAUCUCACUGUAAAACAAAGUAUUAUUAAUCACAUUCGUCUCGUUUCUUUAAGUUAAACGCUCGCGACUAAGAUUUUAUAAUCACUAUUGUAUCGCGUUAUUUAUUAGUACAACUUGUGGUAUGCAGUAUCGAGCAUAGUCGGUUUCCCGAGGAAAGCUUAUCAUGCUCGGUAUUGUACUACACUAUUUUCGAAACGAACGUUUCCGUAGGCGAAUACGAGAUACCUGACUUGUAUCGAAUACUUUUAAAACUCUCUACCGACUGAACUGAAAACGCUACUGCCAAUUUCUCUAAACAUUCUUCUUCGACGUUCCUUUUAUUCCUGAUGGCAAUUAGAUUUUACGUUUCUUUUUUAGCGACCAGCAGGUUUCGUAGCGUACAAUAUAAAUAAUCUUUUAUUUAUUUCGAGGAAACUGCAUCUUACCGUUUACAAAUGAUAAUAGAAAUAAUGCUACACUUCCGCAGUUGAUACUGUUUAGAUAUUUAAUGCUGACAAAACAAUAAACAUGGGUGUUCGUAGUAGAUAGUACGAAUAAUUAAAAAAUGAAAAAAAAUGAACAAAAAAAAAGAAGAUAAACGAACAUUGUACGAAAAGAAAACACGAUCCGUAGAUGUUCAGAACUGUGUUUUAAUCCGAUCAGCAUUAAACGACAACACUCUUAGUACGUUAAUGAAAUAAAGUAAAUAGAUAACCGUACAGUCCGCUGUAAGAGAAUAAUAUAUAAUGUAGCUAAAGUUCGAGAAGUGAUUGUUAAUUUGUAAUAAUUAUUUCAGUAGCAGAUCAGAUGAAAAAGAUAAUAAAUAGAUAUGUAACAGAAA